CUCUUAUUUUUUUUUUUUCGGCAGGCGAAGAGCAACAGCACAUCGCCGCAAUGCCAGAGCCGUAAAGAAAAUCCAAGAUCACAGCCUCACGCAAACUCUUGUUGAAGAGUUUGAUGCUGGCAAAAGCGAAGGAGGAGUGGGAUCAGGAGAUCGUGGACAAGCAGUCAGAAAAGGAAAGAUACCUGUCGGAGCGGAUUACACCGCUGCACACCAGUGGGCUUUCCUUGAGCCAGCUCCAGGACCUGUGCAGGGAGCUGCACGAGAAGGUUGAGAUUGUGGAUGAAGAGAGAUACGACAUUGAGGCAAAGUGCAACCAUAACACCCGGGAGAUUAAAGAUCUGAAAAUCAAAGUUCUUGAUCUCCGAGGGAAGUUCAAGCGGCCCCCCCUGCGGCGAGUCCGUGUGUCCGCCGAUGCCAUGCUGAGGGCUCUGCUGGGCUCCAAGCACAAGGUGUCCAUGGAUCUCAGAGCUAACCUGAAGUCUGUCAAGAAGGAGGACACAGAGAAGGAACGCCCCGUGGAAGUGGGCGACUGGCGCAAGAACGUGGAGGCCAUGUCGGGGAUGGAGGGGAGAAAGAAGAUGUUCGACGCUGCCAAGUCCCCCACGGGGCAGUGAGAGGAGCAUCGGGAAGAAGAGCUGCCCCAUCCCUGCUGCCUGCCUCCCUUUCCCUCACUGCCCCUCCGUGCUCUGUCCACCCUUACCCUGAAUUCACCACUGAGCUGAAACAUGUGGACAACUGUGUGGGAAGGAGACCUGAGCUUCUUUCUUUCAGCACUGCCAUCAGCCCUGCUCCUGCUCAGCUCCCCAGUAUCACCUGCACGGGCCACGCUGUUCCAAGGGCCCACUGGCCAUCCCUCCCCUCCCACCAAUGCAGAGAGGCCUCAGAGAUGGCUCCUGCUCCUCCUUCUCCCCCAUCCUCUGGCAGGAGCAGCCUGAGAUGUCCCUGUGUGACUGCACAUGUAUUAAAGGACGGUGUCCCAGGCAGA